CUUGAGCUUUUUGUCCUCGCCGUGCCCUCUGUUUGGCUUGGUGUGCUUGCGCGAGCCGCUCCCUCUAUCGGGCCUCACUUUAUGUAUAUAUUGGAGCUCGUGAUGAUGUUCCUCGGGCUGCGCGCGUCACGCAGUCUCGCGCCGCGCGCCCUGGCCGCGCCGCGCCGCGCUGCGCCGGCCCUACGGGCCCGCUCGCUCGCGGUGACCAUGUCUAGCGAAGCCUCCGCCGGCGCCAAGAUGCAGGGCACGGUGAAAUGGUUCAACACCGUCAAGGGCUACGGCUUCAUCACUCCCGAGGCCGGCGGCGGCGGCGACGUCUUUGUUCACCAGACUCAGAUCUACGCGCGUGGGUUCCGCUCGCUCGCCGAGGGCGAAGAGGUCGAGUACGAGGUCGAGCUCGACGAGUCGGGGCGCCAGCGCGCCAUCUCCGUGACGGGUCCCGAGGGCGACUACGUCCAGGGGGCGCCGCGCCCGCCUCGCGCCGACGACUACGACGCCAAGUACGACGAGACUUACUGA